AUGGAGGAUAUUGGAGAGAAGGAAAGGCCACCGGGCGACCCUCCGGAUGCUCCUGGCUCUUGGCUGAAGAAAGUUGUAGGAGGCAACGCGGGAGGAAGGCCUGUCCCGGAGGAAGCUGUGGGGGAAGAGUUUGUGGAGGCGAGACUGAGAUUGGAGUUUCCGAAUGGCGAGGAUGGAGAACCGGUGAUAACGAUAGGAGAGGAAGUACUAACGGCUAUGAAUAGCCUGUGGAAGAGAUGUAUGAUCGUUAGGGUUUUGGGAAGGAACGUUCCGAUCACGAACCUUAAUAGGAAACUAAGAGAAUUAUGGAAGCCUAGAGGGUCGAUGUUUGUCAUGGAUCUUCCUAGAAAUUUCUUUAUAGUACGCUUCGAGUUGGAAGAGGAGUAUAUGGCCGCAUUAUCAGGGGGUCCAUGGAGAGCUUUUGGCAGCUACCUUAUGGUGCAAGCAUGGACUCCUGAUUUUGACCCACUGAAAGACGAGAUAGUUACGACUCCAGUUUGGGUUCGUUUAUCACAUAUCCCAGUAAACUUCUAUCACAAGACGAUACUGAUGGGUAUAGCAAAGGGACUAGGGCGCCCGAUCAAGGUAGACGGAACAACGUUAAACUUCGAAAGAGCGAGGUUUGCGAGAAUCUGUGUGGAAGUGAAUCUCAACAAACCACUAAAGGGGUCAGUGAUGAUAAAUGGGGAGAGGUAUUACGUUUCUUACGAAGGAAUGUCAACCAUAUGUUCGAUAUGUGGGUUGUAUGGACACCUCGCCCAUGUAUGUCCCAAGAAUGUUACGAAUAGGGUACCUACUCCGACACCUACUCUGACACAUGGAAGAGUGAUUAUGAAUCAUGAGAGCACUGAGAUAACAAGAAUGGAUGCAGAAUUUACCCCAGUGCGACAGCCGAGGAGAAAGCCUGAGCAACUAAGACAUAUAGAGGGUCCCGGGCAAAGUAAGGAUGGAAGAGGUAUGGUCAGAAGUAAAGCAAGGGAGAUAGGCAAUGGUGGUGGUACGGUGGAGGAAGUGAUAGUAUCAAAUAGGUUUGGAAGUUUGGAGGAAGAGGGAGACAAGGAGGAACUUGGGGAUGAUGUGGGAAGAGUGGAUGAGAAUAAAGAGAACGAAAAUACUGUGAAUUUAAACUCGGAAGUCUUGAGUAGAGUGCAUGGGAAGGCUAUAAUGUUUGGUGCAACUAAGGAGGCCAAGUCAUUUGCUGGAACAGAGAAACAAGAGAAUCAACCGAUAAGUCGAUUGGGCCCUAAGGAAAAGAGAGCGAGCAAUCUGAAAAGCCUAAAGCUCCAGAAGCCCAAAGCAAAACAUGUUGGGCCUACACGGGGACUUGUUUAUGGCCCAGCUAGAGGAGAGAUUGAAUUGUCGGUGAACGGAAAGAGAUUGCGAAUCGAAAGGGAAAGUGUUGGCCGACCCGGUGGUGCUUUCGCUGGAGAUGGGGAGUUGGAUGAGAAUGAGAAACACUUGGAUCAAGCUUCUGAGCGAAGGAAUAAUCAGGCACAAUUGGCACUACCGGAGAUUCCACAUCUUGACGAAGUGGAAGCUUGUAGAGGUCGGUUGGGAGAAGAACUGAAGGGUAUGGAGGCAUAA